AUGUCUUUCUUUGAAGACAGAAGAAGCGGUUACGAUGACGGGAAAAGAUGGGGAGGCAAUGGAAGUAAUAAUAACAACUUAGAUAAAUUUGCGGCUAGACUUUAUGUCGGUCGCCUUUCCAGAUCUGUUUCAGAACGUGAUAUCGAUGAAGCCUUUGGAAAAUAUGGAAGAAUUCGCGAAGUUGAUUUCGAUGAUCCGAGAGAUGCUGAUGAUGCGAUGAGGGCUUUAGACGGUGUUCGUAUCCCAGGAAAUGAUGAUAGAAUAUUAGUAGAAUUUGCCAGAGUACCUGGCGCGGAGCUCGUGACAGUAACAGUCGUGGUAGCGGAAGUCGCAACUUUGACGGACGCCCCCCUGAAAGAUGUUUUAACUGUGGACAAAUUGGUAUAUCCAAUGCAAUCUUAUGAUUAA